AUGAAGGGCGUCAUGGAGUCAGCGGGAGGAGUUGUCGGUGCUGCUGGUGGUGCUGCUGCUGGUGCUUCUGGUGCUGCUGCUGGUGCUACUGCUGGUGCUGCUGGUGCUGCUGCUGGUGCUGCUGCUGGUGCUGCUGCUGGUGCUGCUGCUGGUGCUGCUGCUGGUGCUGCUGCUGGUGCUGCUGCUGGUGCUGCUGCUGCUGCUGCUGCUGUUGUUGUUGUUGUUGUGGUCAAGGCGGUUUCUGCUUGCUGA